AUGUCAGAUUCGGAGGAGGAGAGUCUUCCAAAUGUACCGAAUGUCCCACGGCAGAAACGAUUUCGUUUUAAGACAUUUGCGGAGCGGGUGUCUGAGGUUGAGGUCGAUGUCUACAAGCGACUUGGGCCCGUCAAGUCGGAGCCGUCUUCGGGCUCAUGGCUGGCAGACGGAUUGGCGCAUUGGAGAGAGUUAAAUAGCGCAGCACACUUCCUGCAGGCCGCCGCGGAGGUUCAGCCGCUGAGUCAGUCGCUUCCGCUGCUGCUUCACCACAAAGAUGACAUUUUCCGCAUCUUGCUGGGCUCCCUGGAGCCCUCAGCCCGUCUGUCCCUGCCAGCCCUUCUGGACUUGCUCUCCCGCCUAGCCCGCGACCUGCAGCAGCAAUUUCUGCCGUUACUGCCCAAGGCAAUACGGCGAAUCGUACAGCUGCUAAACGGGGGCGCAGAACGUGAACCAGAGUCCUUGGAGGCCAUCUUCACAUGCGUGUCGUACAUUUGCAAGCAUCUCGUACGGCACCUGGCGGCGGACCUUCCGACAGCGUUGCGCGUGACGGCGCCGCUGCGUUACCAUCACGCCGACUAUGUACGGCAAUUUGCGGCCCAGGCGGUUGGGUUUCUGCUGCGAUCUGCUCCGAAUGCUGCAGCCCUGCGGUCCGGUGUACGGGCCGUACUGGCUGAGCAAGCUGUACGACCCACUCCUGAACGAAUCGAUGGCGCUGGACUGUUAUUGGCGGAGUCGGUCCUAGGUGUGUCCCACGGCCUCCACAGCCGUGCACCCCAAGUGCUACAGCUGCUCUUCAAGGAAGACCUGCUACAGCCUGGCGACCUGCGGCCCACCGCAGCCAUGGCAGUGGGCAGCAGCAGCGCCGCUGCCGCUUCAGCGGAGCCGUCGCCGCUUCACCGCGUCGCCGUGAGCCAAGAGCAGCUACGCGCUCGGGCGGCCGCCGUCGCGAGGGUCGCGUUGGCGCGGCUUCUAGACCACCUCCGACGCGGCAAGGGAGAGGAGCUCUGGAAUGCAUUGCUGGGGGAGACGAAUGCACGCCUUCGCGCGUUUGAGGUCCUUGCGGACGCGGCGGGUGCCAGCGGCAGCGCUGUAGCUGUCGCCGCUCGCAGCCUAGGCCGUGCGCUACUGCUUGUGGCUCAGGCUGUGGGGUACUUCAGGGGUAGCCGGGUAGAAACCUACAAGCCGCUGAUGGAGCUGCUUGGCCGUCUGAUGCAGCCCGCCGUGUGGAUCCCCUCUACGGCGGCAGCGGCACCUGCAAGCGUCCUUCAUCGUGGGGGAGACAGCUCCACAGACGUCAUGUCCUCGCCUGGCGGUAGCGGCAGUAGUAGUAGCCCUGACGCCAGCCCCAGUCGCACUCCUGCUGCCGGUGUGUACAACGAUGACGAGGACAGCUACGGCGACGAUCUGAUGGAUGUGUCAUUGUCGUACGCGGUUCUGGAGCUGGUGCGUGGCGUAGUGUAUGGCCACUUGAAGGCCGUCGGCGCGAGCGAAGGGCCGGAGGUGCUGGGCCGCUGCGCGGUAUCUUGGGCUCCGUGCUUCAGCCGGCCUCUGGCGACGGAGGCGCUGCCCUUUGUAAAGUCUCUGAUGGUGCCGCCGGCGGGGCCGGAGAUUGCACGCCUGUUUGCGCCGCAGAUGAUGGGCUGUCUGGGCCGCUUCAUCAUGGGGGUUGAAAGGCUACCGCCAGCUGAGCAGGAGCAGCAACUCGAGGAGCAGCCGCAAUCCGGGCCGCAGCAGCGGGAUGAUGCGGGUUCGGCAUUGCUGCUCCUGCGGGACCUGUGCGAGCUGCUACAGCAGGACUGCGGGCGACCCGUGGGCCUGCCGCUGCUGCUGACGGCACAGCCUCACGGUGUGCGCCUGGCGGCGCACGUGCGCGCUUUGGCGACGGGAUGGCGACGGACGUCAGCGGGCGUCAACACAACGGUCACCAUUGACCCACGGGUCGCUUCGGAGGCAUGGGCCGCCGUGUCGCUGCUUAAGCAUGCCUGCGAGAAUGACUUGCAGGCUAUCAGUAUUUGUGAGCAAGUCCUGGACGCGUCGUCGUCGGCAUUGCAGGAUUUCGAAGUAUCGGCGCAGCGGAGGCAGGCCAAGCGCCGGCGCGCGGACGCUGACAGCGCUCCUGCCGACGACGCUGCGGAGGCCAGCUUGCUACUACUACGCGCUACAGCCACGGAGUUGCUGGCGGAGCUGCUACAGCGGCAGCAGCAGUCUGAAUUGCCGCUGUCGCUAGUGACAGCGGCGGAGACCACUUUAAACUGGGUCAUGGAUCGAUUAAACCAAGGCCAACAGGACCGGGUGCAGCAGCAGGAGGGGCAGAAGGAAAAGGCAGAGGUCACGGCCGGAUCGCCUUCUUUUGGCGCCGAUUACGCCAGUAUCCGGGCUGCAGGGUCGCUGCUGUCUGCCGUACGCGCUAGCGUGCACGGCAGCAGCGGUGGCGCUACCGCCAUGGGCUCUGGCGCUAUCCUCGACAUGGCACGGGAGUUGCUGUCGGAAUCACGGUUGCGGCAGUUGGUACGGCACCUGGCGCCGCUGCUGGCGCACGAGUCGCAGCCGCUGCGCGCGGCCGUACUGCGCCUGCUGUGCUGCUUUGAUCAACCGACGCUCCAGAUCAUUGGCACCGAGACUAAGGAAUCCACUGCAGUUUCCGAGGCUGUUGCGAAGCAGAAGCAACACAAGCAGCAGCAGAAACGCGAGCGGGGCGGCGACUCCGCGGCCUCUGCGGCCGGCUCAGGCGGCGGCGGCGGCAGCUCGGCGCCGCGAUGUGACCUCCUUGAGGUGCUGUACGGCAUCAACAGUCGGCCCUUCACAAUUGAGAGUGGACGCAAGUGGACAGUGGCUAUGGGUCGCCUGAAGACGUACCUGGAGUACAAUCGAUGCACACAUGGCUUUGGAAGUCGCUUUGGUGUCUUUGCUUCUUCUUCUUCUUCUUCUUCUUGCAUCAUUCGUGCAAUCCCGGCCCUCUUCCCGGAACGCAGGAUUCCAGAGUUCCUGGUCCCAGCCUUUGCGUACGGCAUGGUGGGCGUGUUGUACAUUCGCUUUAGCCCCCUCUGGCAGCCCGCCAGCCAGGCCCUUGCUGCGUGUCUGGAGUUUCGAGCGCAGGAGUCAUGGCCCAUCGUGUUUUCCUUCCUGAAGUCCUCCCAAGAUCAACUUCUCUCUGGAAACGUAUCUUCCGCCGCUGUUGGCAGCGGGCCGUCGGCGGCGACUGGUGCCGGCCGCGGCGGCGGCCGCCGCCGCGGCCGCCAUCACAGCAGCGCCGCCAUCAGCGCGGCGAUUACUGCCGUGCCGCUACGCGAAGAGCUGCCAGUGUCGCAGGAUGCCUCGCGGAUCGAGAAGCUGGAUGAGCGUUACAACUCUGCCGUACGCGCGGGUACACCGCAGGCCACCGGCGGCGUGACGGAUCCGCAGAACCGACUGAGCCACGUGCUGCGAGCUAUGGCGGCGGCGCCGUACAGUACGGUUGAGCAACACUCCAGGGAUUGGGUGCCGCUGUUCUUGGAGUACACUGCAGCACGUGGCAGUCACUUCGAUGACGGCGAAGGUGAUGUGGAGGCCGCCGUCACGGCUGCCCGCGCCGCCGCGGCUGUUGUAGAAGCACCGCCGCCAGCAGCUGCCGCUUCCACCAUUGCCACAGCCGCUGUUACUCGGCCGCGCAAGAAACCACGCACAAGCGGAGAUACCGGGCCGGCAACGACAGCGCCUCCUAUGACCCAUGGGUCAGUUGGCGGCCAGGAAGACGAUGACGAGGAACUGAAACAGCGCCGGCAGUCCCACGCGUCUGCGGGCUGCUCUUCUGACGUCGCCGCCACCGCCGCCGUUAUCACGGCCAAGCGGAAGCUGCCGAAAGGCAGGAAGGCUGCAGUUGCGGGGGAUGCGGAGCCGCCCACGCCGCCGCCGCCGGAGGUGGCGGCGGCGGCAACAGCCGUGGUGGCGGCAACUGCUGCCGCUGGGCCUUCCGGCGUCAGCGUGCUGUCUCGCAUUGGCGGCAAGACGUGGCGUGCGGGUUUAUUGGACUGGCUGAAGCUGGUGGCUGGCUUGCGGGGCGUCCGGGGGUUGUAUCGAAGUGAGGAGCUGCAGAGGGCGGUGUCCAGUCACCUGCUGGAGUCCGACUCUGGCAUACAGGUGGCGGCGCUGCGCUGUCUCCGGCCGUUCCGCUUCCGCUGGCUGCCCCCCGAGAUGGCGGACCGCCUGGAUCGACUGGCCGACGAUGCCACAUUGCGGGAAGAGCUUGCCAUCUUCCCCGUGGCACCCGGUGCCGAUGGCGGUGUGGGAGAAGAGGCUCGUCCCGGACUCAUCCCCCUGCUCAUCCGCAUUCUGUUUCCAAAGAUGCGGAAACGCAGCGGCCGACUGGGCGGUCGAGGCGCACCCGGCAGCGCCCGCGCCGCCAUCCUCAACUUCCUCGCUAACCUCCGAUCUGAGGAACUCCGACCGCUGUUGGAGCUUUUGUUGGAGCCCAUGGCGGCGGCGUUUAUGGCACCCGAGGAGGCGCCUGCGCUCCGUGCUGCCGCCGGAGCCGAGGACUUGAACCGCUACCGGUUGAUUCCGCCACCUUGGUGGAGUGCGCCGAUGCUGGGCCGUGGGGUGGGAUGGUGGUUGGCGGCGGUGGACCAGGCGGCGCUGGAUGCGCUGCCAGCUCGUCGCAAAGUGGGCUUCCUGAACGCAUUUGAGGACCUGUUGUCGCAUCUGGGCCACGGUUUGGAGCCGUUCCUGCCGGUAAUGCUCGGCAUUACGCUGCGAUUGCUUACUACAGCCACCGCCGCAAUCACGAAUGCUCAUGCCGCUGGCGGCGGCGAGGAGGAGGAAGGUGUAGGGGCGGCGGCGGCGCGGGAGUCGUUGACAGACGUACAGAUGGCCGAACAGGACGAUCGAGGAGACGGUGAUGAUGUGUCCGAUGAUGACGACGGCACUGAUGACGAUGAUGGCGACGACGUGGGCGGCAGAAGUGGCGGCAGCAAGAACCAAGAGGCCGGCUCUAAAGCCACGGAAUCUGCAGAGGAGAAGAAGGACAAGGUCAAGAAGAAAGACAUCAGGAACAAGACAAUGAAAGGCUCUGGAGCCUGUGAAUUGGGAGCAGUUAAGCAGGCGGGUGCCGGGGGUAGCAACGCCGAGGCCAAGGGUGGCGUCGGCGGCGACGGCAACGAUAGCAGCAGCGGUUCGGAAGGAGAGGAGGAAGAGGCAGCGGCGGAGCUGGGCCCCCUGGAGCGUCAUCGCGAGGUUCGCUCCUCCGCGUUGCGGCUGCUGGCGCAAGUAUGGCUGCGCUUUCCCGCCUCCACCUCGGCUGACUACAAUGAGCUGUGGGACGUGUUUUUACCUGCCGUACAGCCGCUCAUUCCGAGGCUUCAAUUUGAGGCGGCAAGCAGCAAGGCGGCGGCAGCGGUCACGGCCACCGCCUCCAACGCCAUCGAUUACGAUAAGGACAGCGACGAAGAGGAGGGUGGCAAUGGGGGCGACCCACGGGUCUGUGGCACCGGAGUGGGAGCAGCUCCGGCGCGGGCGAAGGAGAAGUGGCGGGUGCAAGGCUUGGGCAGUAGCCUCAUACGAGGGGUGGUCGCGAUGCUGAGCUCCGGGAGAUGCACGGAGGUCGUGAGGGCGACGGUGCUGGACGUGUUGGACGGGGUGCUGGGCUGCGGUGAGCGGCUGCUGCGUCGGAUUUUGCUGCCAUGCCUGCCUGACGUGCUGCGGGCGCUGCACUGUGUGAUUGCGGAGAGCUGGCAGCAGCAGCAGCAGCGGCAGCUGGCUGGGAACGGGCGCGGACGGGCCCGUCGUCGGCCGCCUACUUCCACUGCGCACCGGGAGUUGGCCAUUUUGGAGCGGUUGGGUGGUUUCGUGACGGAUUCGGAGCUGGCCAGGAGCCUGGCGGACUCCUUGGUGGCCCUGCUGACCCAGGCCGGUGCCCGCAGUGCGCGACAGCGUUCCUCUAGUAAGUCAGGCCGGCUGGACGAGGGCGGUAUCAGCCGGGCGCUGGGUGCGCUGGCUGCGUUGUGGGGCCGGCUACGACUCGGAGACCUUCCUGAGGACGCCGUGGCGAGGUACUGCGAGGCAAUGUCCAUGUGGGCUAUCCGCCUGACAGCUCGUGACGCGCGCGCGCAGCUGGCGGCGGCGUACGGUGCGGUCGCGAGGUUGCUGCCGCACAUGACCCGCACAGCGGCGCUGCUGACGGAGCUGACGGCCUGGUCACCGGCGGCACUCGACGAGGUCGACUACGACCGCCGUCUGGCGGCGUACGGCAGCCUGACGGCAGCGGCAUGGGGUGACAUGGACCGUUUGCAGGCGCUGCCGCUGUUGCUGACGUCCUUGUACGAUUUGCGCAACGCUAGCGAUUUGGCGCUGCGUCAAGCGGCGGCAGCGGCGUUGGGUAAUUUGGUGGAGGCGCUGGCGGCGGCGGAGGCCUCUGCCGACAUGGGCACUGGAGCUGGAGCGGCGGUGGACCCGCCAGAAAGCCUUCUUCGCCUGACGGGCCGAGUCUUGUACCCGCAGAUCAAGAGCCAGCUGUGCUCGCCCAGUUUGGCGGUACGGCAGGAGCACCUGACGCUGCUGCGGUCGCUGGUGGUGGCACUGCCGCGCCGGUUUGAUGUCCUCACGCCGUUGCUGAGUGACGAUGUGGAGACGGAUUUCUUCCACAAUGUUGCGCACCUGCAGAGCCACAGGCGCACGCGAGCCCUAACGAAGCUGACCAAGCUACUCAAGACUCAACAAGCCGCGACGACUACUAACAUGGCAACUUGUACACCCAGUGCCGCCUCGCCAGCGGCGGUAGCGGUGGCGCCGCCAUCACUCCUGGGCCGCUGCCUUAUGGACGUCAUCGUGCCCUUACUCCACCAGUUCAUCGAAGAGGGCGCCGGUGGCGGCGGCGGCGACAUACGUGCGCACGACAAGAAACAGUCUGACGUGGACAAAGAAGCGAACGUUACCGACGCCGCCAUCACGGCGCUGGGCGCGGUGGCAGCGACGCUGCCAUGGCCGCAGUACGAGCAGCUCUUGAACCAGUUUAUGCGGAUGAUGCGAACACAGCCCGCCAAGCCCCUCAUCCGAGCGGUGUGUGCCAUCCUCGACAAUUUCCACUUCCCUCUUCCAAAGGAAGAUGGUGGGGAGGAGAUGGAGGAGGAGAAGAACGGCGGUGGGGGCCAGGGGGCUGCUCAAAACCAGGACGACGAGGCAGAUGAGGACGACGUGGCGGCCGCGGUGGCAGUGUACGACGCCGCGACGGAGGCUCGUGCCGUACAGCGUUCCCUGUUGGUGCGUGUUCUGCCUGCGCUGCAUGAGCAACUGGUGGAGCGGAAGCGAGGUGACGAUGAGGAGGCGGCGUCGGUCCGGGCGCCGGUGGCUUUGGCGCUUGUGAAGCUGCUCAAGCUGCUGCCGCCGGCGGCGGAGCGUGCAGAGCUUCCUCGCGCUCUGCAGGGCGUCGCCAACUUAUUGAGAUCAAGGAUUCAGCGCGUUCGCGAUGACGUACGUGCCGUACUGGUCUCCAUGAUGGCAGAGCUUGGGCCGCGCUACCUGCCGUACGCCUGUCACGUGCUUCGUGCAUCCCUGCCGGACCGCGGCUUUACAGCACACGUGAUCGGCUAUACAUUGCAUGCCGUACUCGAGGCCGUGGUUAAGGUAGCGCAUGGCGAGAGCGCGGCGGCGGCGGCGGCAGCGGCGGUAGCGGAGCCCGCAGGCGGCGGCGACGACGCGGCGCCGCAGGGAUACGACGUGGAUGACGAGGACGGGGGUGCUGAGGGCGGCGGCAAGGAGGAGGAAGAUGAUGGCGGCGGUGUGGGGUUUUUGGACGAGAGUAUUGAGCUGUGCCUGCCGCUGAUCGAAGCAGAUCUCUUUGGGGAGGUUUCGGAAGCCAAGGAAGUGACUACCUUUGCCGCUCAGUACAAGGAAGCCAAGCGUUGCCGUGCCAAUGAGGCCUACCAGCUGCUCGCCUCCGGCAUCACCUUCUCCACCCACAUGCGUUUGCUGCUCAGCCUUGUCACCGAUAGGCUCCAUCUCGCGGGCCAGCCGACAAUUAGGGCCAAGCUGACACAGCUGCUCCAGUUCGCUGCACGCGGCUUGAGGACCAAUCCCACAGCGGGACCAAAGCCGAUUAUGGCUCUGGUGGUGGGAAUUAUGGAGGGUUGCCUCUCCAGGGAGGAGGCCGCACGGGCCCGCGCCAAGGCCGCCGUCGGUCCCGCCGCCAGCGCCGCCGCCGGGCUGGCGCCUGCAGCUGCGGCUGUGGCAGCGGCUGCUGCCGCCGCCGCUGGUGCUGCCGGCGACGAGCGCGCCGCUCUCCAUGAAACCCUCAUUCUUGAGUUUUGCUUGACACUGCUGCACAGCGGCGUCAAACGUGGCGCCCUGACGGGCCGGUCCCCGGAGCUCAUGGUGCUGCUAGAUCCAGCGUUGCCGUUGCUCGUACGAUCGCUCCGAAGCCGUCACGCUGGCUGCGUCAGCCUUGCGUUGCGCACGCUGGCGCAUGUGGUUCCGCUGCCGCUACCAUCCAUGGCAGCGGCGGCGCCCUCCGCCGGCGCCGCGCUGACGGCGCUGCUGAAGAAGGUCCCUAACAUUCGUCACCCCAUCGCACAGGAGUGCUUCCGACUCCUGGCGGCGCUUCUCCGUGAUUGCGACGCCUACCAGCCCACAACUGCCCAGCUGCGAUUUCUGCUUCGUUGGGCCUUCGAGGACCUGGGCGACGCGGGCGCACAGCCGACCUCGUUUGCGCUGCUGCGCGCGUUGCUCGGCCGACGUGUCAUCGUACCGGAGGUGUACGACGUGAUGGAUCGUGUGCAGCAGAUUAUGUUUCUGUUGGAUUUUCCAUUGGGACCCCAACGGUUGCGGCAGCACGUGGGCUUUUUGUUGGCGAAUUUGGAGUACGAGUACGAAAGCGGGCGACUGCAGGUUCUGGACAUGAUGGGGCAGGUGGUGGCUAAAUUUCCCCAGGAGGUGCUGCAGGCUCAGGCCGAUGUGCUGCUGAUGCCGCUCGUGGUGCGCCUGGUCAGCGACUCGUCUGCCAAAGCCCGCGCUGCCGCCGGCGACGUCCUGAGGUCCCUCCUCCUCCGGCUGGAAGCGGAGCAUCUGAACAAGGCGGUCAGCUACUGCCGCGCGUGGCUAGAGAGGGGAGGAGGUGGCAGCGGAGGCAGCGCGCAGGACGCGGUGUUGCGGCGCGCAGCGGCGCAGACGCUGGGCAUUGUAGCGGAGGUGGAGGGGGCAAAGUUCGCGAAGCGGUUGGCGGAGGUGGCGCCCGGGGUGUUGAGGAUUUUGGAGCGCCAGGUGGCCUUGGGUGCUGACGGCGGUGAAGAAGACCCAUGGGUCACGUCACUCGACGAGGAGUCCGCAGACGCUGAAGCUGCGUGCCCGGGCUGGCAGGAGGCCUACUACUGCCUCCUAUUGCUGGAGAAGGUGGCGGCGCAAGCGAGCUCGGCGUUGGCGUGGCCCACGGGUCGGGCCCCGGCGUCAGCCGCUGCCCCGCCAUUGGUUCCGGAGCUCUGGGAGGCUACUGUAAGGCUGCUGCUGCAUCGUCACAUGUGGGUCCGCAAAGCAGCGGCUCGGCUGGUAGGGUACGGUCUGGCGGCGCCGCGGGUAUGCGGGGGCCUUAUGGCGGCGCGGCCGGGCCGUGCGGGGCAGCUGGCGUUUGCGUUUUUCCUUCAGCUCGAGUGUGAGGCGGCUGAUGAGCCGACGUGCCUACAGGCUGUCAAGUGUCUCGUUAGUCUCUCCGUACAUCUCCAAAGCGAGUCCGUCGAGUCAAUGCAGCACCAGGGGAAUCAGGAACCUAACGGUCAGCCGUCCCGAAAACGGUCACGAGUUGUCAUCGCGGAUGCUUUGGAUCCUGGUUCCGGAGCUACCGGGGCCAACGGCUCAGCGGCCCCACAUGGCAUGGCCGCGGAGAGGCGCGGGGAAAAUACGGAUGACGAUGAUGACGGGGAGGAUGGCGUGGACGAGGGCAGGGAGAAGCGACGGCGUAGGAGCCAUGGUGGUGUUGGUGGGGAUGGGGAGGGUGACGAACACGAGGACGUUGAAGAGGAAGACGGUGGGGUCGGGGAAGCUGCUGCCGAUAGGGAAAUGGUUGAAGAGGAGGAGGAUGCGGCGGGUGCUGCUGCCGCAGAGGCGGCAGAUGACGCUGCAGACGACGAGGUUGAUGGCAUCAGCAUGGCGACGCAGGUGCAGCGGCGUGCCUUUACACUGCGUGGCCUCGUACGGCGCAUGGCUCGCCUCGCCGAUGACGCCCGGUGGACUCGUACCCGGCAACGUGCCGCCGGACUGCGCUGGAUUGCAGCCGCCGCGUCGGCCUUGGGCGCCGAAGCCAUCGCACCGCAUUUGCCAGUCUUGUUGAGGCCGCUGUAUCGUAUUUCGGAAGCCGCGGCUGGCGAAGCCGCGGCACGCCACAGUGGCGUGACUGCCGCUGCAGGCAACAGCCGGGUGCCGGAAGAUGUACGACAGCUGGCGGAGGAGGUGAUGGCACAUUUGCGAAGCCUGGUGGGCAGCGAGGUGUUGUUGGCAUCGUACAAUGCCGCGAGGGAGCACGUCCGCGGGCUGCGUGCGGAGCGGAAGCGGCGUACGGCAAUGCGUGGCAUGCUGGAUCCUGCGGCAGCGGCGUCGGCGCGGUUGCGGCACAAUGCGAGAAAGGCCGAGGGUCGCCAGCGUAAACUGGAGUUGAUGAAGCGGGAGCGGAGCGCAAGGCAGUUGAAGCAGGCUGGGAGGCGGCGUGGUGGCGGCGGUGGCAGCGGGAAGCGGCCGCGCAGUAGCUAG